UCUUCACUCCCUACGCACUAACAUUCCUCUGCCUAUGAAUAGACGUAUUCACUGUUGUAUUAUUUUUGCAUAUAAAUAAAGACAAGUGCAAGAACAGAGCGCUGAUCACUGUAACAUCAGAACUGUUAUCUGUGACUCUGUUCCAGGAUCCAGCACUGAUUCCUGACGCCGUGGGAAGCCAGCACCGAAGUCUGUGCACAGCCCUCUUAGACGAGGCCGAAAGCCCUGGGACGUUUUAAAUUCGGGUCCAGGCCGGUGUUUUUAGUCUGGUCCACGGCGGUGGGAUUCAGUCUGACAAUCCGAACCACCAGUGAGACGUCUGAGGUUUAGUGGGGAGCCCCACUCCUACACACGAUUCAACUUGACCCAGAAUAUGGAGGGUGACAACAGUCAGGUGGAGAUGAAGCCGUCAUCUGAAAUAGAUGAGGAGACUGGGGGAAAUGGCGUCGGCGGCCGCCUGAAUCACAACUCAAAUCGCACACCCUAUGUGGCUCAAAAGCUUGGACGUACACCCAAGAACCUCUGCUUUAUAGCAGCCACAAUCUUCCUCAUCUUCAUCAUCGGCUAUUUGAUUGGCUACCUGGUCCAUCGAAAUAAGGAUUUGGCUCCCACCUGUGCACCCUCUGCUCUCCGUUAUGAAGAUGUUCCUGUCGCCCAUGAGAUUAGUUUCCUCAUGGACUGGGAUGAUGUGAAAAAGCUUCUUGGUCAAAAACUGACUACAUCCAGUAUGGACGCUGUCCUUGGUCAGCUGAGCAGUAGCAACCACCGGGCUGGUUCUCCUGGUGAUGAAGAUCUGGGGAACAAGGUGCUCAAGAAGUUUAAGGAGUACGGCAUGAAGACCUGGACUGAUGAGCACUUUGUCAAGGUUCAGGACCCCCCAGCAUCUGGAUACAACAGAAUAGUUUUCAAGAACGGAUCAGAGGAACGUCCAACAGGUUUCCUGUCCUACAGCGCCAGUGGAACAGCAAGGGGUGCAGUGCUGUAUGCCCGUUAUGGAGAGGAAAAGGAGCUGAAGCAGUUAAAGGACAUGAACAUUGACAUGAAUGGCAGAGUGAUGCUGGUCAGAGCUGGAAGGAUCAGCUUUGCUGAGAAGGUAGCCAAUGCAGCCAAAGUGAACGCCUCUGCUGUGCUGAUCUACCCAGACCCUGCUGAUUACUCGAUCGGCGAGCGCAGUCCGCUCUUUGGACAUGUGCACAUGGGCUCUGGGGAUCCCUACACCCCAGGCUUCUCCUCCUUCAACCACACCCAGUUUCCACCUGUGCAGUCUUCAGGCCUGCCAAAUAUUUUGGCUCAGACUAUCACAACAGGCAUGGGAUUGAACAUUCUGAGGCAGCUCGGGGGUAGAGCUCAGCCAGAUGGUUGGAAGAGCAUCAACAGACUUGGAGAUGAGAGCGAUGUUAUUACUGUGGAAGUCAACAAUGUCCUUACUGAGAAAAGGAUAAAUAAUGUCUUUGGGGUCAUCAAAGGCUUUGUGGAUGCAGAUCGAUACGUGGUCAUUGGGGCCCAGAGGGAUGCGUGGGGCCCCGGCUUUGCGGCAUCAACCGUGGGCACCAGCGUCCUCGUUGAGCUGGCGCGUUCCAUCUCUGAGAUGGUGGAGAAAGAUGGAUUCAAACCGAGGAGGAGCAUCGUGUUUGCGAGCUGGAGCGCGGGAGAGUAUGGGAGUGUUGGCGCCACCGAGUGGUUGGAGGGUUAUUUGUCCUCUCUGAGCAUGAAAGCAGUCACCUACAUCAACCUGGACGGCAUUGUGACAGGUCAGAAUGGAUUUAAAGUAGCAGCCAGUCCGUUGCUGCACAGCCUGAUCCAAAACACUCUGAAAGAGGUGAAGUAUGACAAAGACCAGUCUCUUUUUUCUCGGUUUGGAAAGAACAACUGGGAGUCUACUAUUCUGGAGCCUCUGAGGAUGGACAGUGCUGCGUAUCCUUUCCUCGCCUUCUCCGGCAUUCCCUCAGUCGCUUUCAGAUUCAACUCUGGAAGUUCAGACUACCCGUACUUUGGCACAAUCCUGGACACCCAAGAAAACCUGAACUCUAUCACAGCCAGCCAGGUUCCUCAGCUGGCUGUGAGAGCAGGCCAGUUUGCAGGUCACAUAGCACUGAGGCUGGUCCAUGACCACCUGCUGCAGAUGGAUGUGAAGAAGCACGACCAGCUCAUACGUGGCUAUGUGGUUCAGAUUAAUACGAAAGUCAAGGCUAUUCAGAGGUUGCAGCCCCAGCUGUUGCCCAAGACCCUGACUGGGCAGUGGUUGGUCAUGGCCUCUGUUUCCUACAACCGUGCCUCUAGCAUAUUGACAGCUGACAUCCAGAACAGCGACCUGGAAAACAUGGAGACGUGCCGCAUGAUCAAUGACCGCGUCAUGACGGUGGAAAGGAACUUCCUGUCACCCUACGUUUCUCCGAUAGACAGCCCCUUUCGCCACAUCCUGCUGGGCUCCGGCCCCCACACCCUAAAAGCUCUGUCCAGCGACCUCGACGCUCUGAUAUCUGCCAGCCCAGAGGCCGACGCCGAGCUCUUCUACAAAAAGCUUGCCCAGGCGACCUGGACCAUUCAGGCCUGUGCCAACUCCCUAGCAGGGGACAUCUGGUCUCUGGAUAAUGAAAUCUAGAAACGUCCUGUGCCCUCCCUUGUUCAUGGUUUGGCCCUCUUAUUACAGCGGGCGGUGUGACAGCCAGUAUGAUGGUAUGAAUAAUAGACAGUUUUUAAUGGAUUUCCACAAAGUCAUCACAUCUGUUCCACAGUGUUCAUUUUCCUUUUUCUAAAAUCUUCCGUAAAACCAAUAUAUGAUAUGUCAUGAUAGAAAAUAUGUGAACCUUCCGCUUAAAGAAACUUUCACAAAGAGAAAACAAAUCUUGAAUUUGAACCUUUGGUAUUUUAAAUAUCACAAUUAGAGCUGGGCGAUAUAAGAUUUUUUCAUAUCACGAUAUGUUUUUGUCAUUUCAGGCGAUAACGAUAUAUAUCACGAUAUAAGCCAAAUAACUAUAUUUGUAAGAUUUAAAUGUGCCGUUGCU